GAACGGAAGCAAGUCUCGCGAUUCUUGUUUUCUUCUCCUAGCGACGGACAACACGGCCGGUUGCUCCGAGUCGAAGCCCGAAAGUGGCCUGGCCUAGUGUUGGAGUGAGACUCCGGCCGUAGGCUGGGGUUCUUUCCGGAUAGAAGAGACGGAUUCGGAGGGGCUGCAGACCCAGACUGUGGAAAACCAGGACUACGAUGAGCGUCUAGAGAUUAACGACUCUGAAGAGGCUGGAAGUAUUCAUACUGCGGCCCCCAGACCUGAAGGACUUCUUGGCUCUGCCCAGCCUCCGGACAAGACCAUGGCGGACGACAGCAGUGAUGAGUUCGAAGAGGAACGUAACAAGGAGAAGCCGCCCUCGCAGCUGGCACCUCGCCGGGGCUUCAGUGAGAACGAGGAGGACGAGGACUCGUCUGAGACGGACUCCGAGGACGACGAGGACUCCGAGGAGCACGGGGCGCCCCUGGAAGGGGCCUACGACGCUGCAGACUACGAGCACCUGCCGGUUUCGGCUGAGAUUAAGGAGCUCUUCCAGUACAUCGGCAGGUACACCCCUCAGUCGAUCGACCUGGACCACAAACUGAACCCUUUCAUUCCUGAUUUUAUCCCUGCUGUGGGGGACAUUGAUGCGUUCCUAAAGGUCCCACGUCCUGACGGAAAGCCCGACAGCCUUGGCCUGCUGGUACUGGAUGAGCCUUCUACGAAGCAGUCGGACCCUACGGUGCUCUCUCUCUGGUUGACCGAGAAUUCCAAACAGCACAACGUCACACAGCACAUGAAAGUAAAGAGCCUAGAAGACGCGGAGAAGAAUCCCAAAGCCAUCGACACAUGGAUCGAGAGCAUCUCGGAACUGCACAGUUCUAAGCCCCCUGCCACCGUGCACUACACCAGGCCCAUGCCCGACAUCGACACGCUGAUGCAGGAGUGGUCCCCAGAGUUCGAAGAGCUUUUGGGCAAGGUGAGCCUGCCCACGGCGGAGAUGGACUGCGGCCUGGCGGACUACGUCGACAUGAUCUGUGCCGUGCUCGACAUCCCUGUCUACAAGAGUCGGGUCCAGUCCCUGCACCUGCUGUUUUCCCUCUACUCGGAGUUCAGGAACUCACAGCAUUUUAAAGCUCUCGCUGAAGGCAAGAAAGCAUUCACCCCUCCGUCCAACUCCGCCUCCCAAGCCGGAGACGCAGAGACCCUAACCUUCAGCUGAGACCCCCACCAGGGCACUCUGUUCCAAGGCUGUGCUGGCUGCAGAGACCCAGCCGCCAGCCACGUGGCGUCCCUGACUCGGGGACGUGUGCGCCCCUCGCCCUCUCUGCCAGAGAGCAUGGCGCGUUCCUCCAACGGCUUCUGCCUCCCUCCGGUUUGGAGUCAGAAGGAUUAGGAUGCCUGGGGCUCCAGGGUGCUCAGGCUGGGUGGGAAGCUCACGAGAUGUUCUUUUUGACACAGUGACGGAAUUGUGUCCUUUAUUUCCUAAAGUUGGUUGGCAAAGAUUUUGCAAAUAAAAUGCUGUAUCUUUCA